AUGCCAUUUCCGCUGCUGAAUUUACCCACCGAAUUACGGCUCGAAACCUAUUAUCAUCUUUUUGGCAUCUCACCUACUACACGACUCUUCCUGCAAUACUUGCCCGGAUACCUUACUGGAUGCAAACAUCCAUACCAUACCUUCGAGAUCCUGCAUUCUGCUCUGCCAACUCCACAUGUCACGGAAUACCAGGACCAGAGUCUACAAGGAAGCAAUGCGCUAUUCUACUCUGAGACGUUCUUCGUAUUGCCAGGACUCAGGACUAUCAACUGUCUGAAUGGGAUCGGUGCCCAACGAAGACGGUGUAUCCGGCGGUUAAGUAUUGAGUAUGGAGUACCGGAAUCGCGGAAAGUAAUCGGGAACGAUACACAAGACAGUAUGCAGGCACUUCCCGAGAGGUUGAUGGAUGUGGAGCGUGUCGAUGUCCUGGAGCUACGUAUAUUCAGCAAGCUGUAUACGGAUGAUCCCUCUUUAGUGCGUCGGGGUGCUCUGCACUUCGGAAACCGACUGAGCCACUCCUACUAUAUGGCAUUCAGCAGCCAGAGCGGCUGCCACGAAUGGGUUGUUUACAGAUUGUGGGGGAUCCAGAAUCACUCCUACGGUUUUCUGAGGAUCAGGCUUAUCUAA